CCAACCCUAGUUUUGGGAAAACUUGAUCGGCCUAGCAAACGCGUGGGAAACAUCCCGUCAAAACUUUUCGUUGGAUUCGGGAUUCUUUUUCCCAAUUUUUUUUUUGGCCCAUUAGGAAUUUAGGGCUGGUUUUUCUCUCUCCACAGCCCUCUUCGUUGCAGCAGCACAGGACCGCAGCAGCAGCAGUACAAUUUGCUUCUGCUCUCUCUGUCUCUCUCUCUCUCUCAGCCGCCUGCUUCGCAAGUGCAUUCGCUGCCUCCAUCGUCCCCUUCGAAGGAAGUAAGGGGAGGUUGGAUUCCUUUGUGUUAUACGUGGGUGAGAUUUCAAGAGGAGAAGCCAGUACUCUCCCUCAGUGAAAUUUACCUGGCUGUUAAAGACUGACAGACUAGGCAUCGUGCUUGCUCAGAUGGACUUUCUGACAGUUCCUAAGCCUCGAGGUCUCUCCACAUCCAUCAGCGGUCGGGCAUGAUCCUGUGAAAUGUGGUGACAAGGGAUUAAAGAUCAUGAGAUUGUGAUGGGUGAGCAAUACUUUGAAUAGCUCAGUAACUAAUUAUUCAACUGAAGGUGUCUUGUACUAUAAUAUGAGAUGUUGGUUAAACCCACAAAUAUUCAAGGGAAGGGACGGGCACUGGUAGCAUCUGAGCCGAUCCCUGCAGGCCAAAUCCUUCUGAGGGACCGCCCCAUCCUUGUCUACCUUUCUCACCAUGAUCACGACGGCCCCGUGGUCUGUGCUGGUUGCUUCCGAAAAUUGUCCUCUCCUGAACCGAAUGCGGCACCGUUACUAUCUUGUCCUUCGUGUUCAGACCAUGCACGUUUCUGCAGCCCCAAUUGCCAGUCCUCUGCCCUUGCAUCCUCACACUCCUCGUGGGUUUGCAAGGCACUCACUUGUCUCCGCUCUGCUUCUACCCUCAGCCCUGACCUUCGAACCCAGGCCAAUUUCCUCAUUGCUGCCUAUAACCUCUCCUCUGUCUCUCCCUCUGAUUUCAGCCUUCUCUUGUCCUUCCAAGGCAGUGGCGUGGAGAGCCCUGAAUCCCACCUCCUCCAUUCUUUCAUCUUAGCUGUUAUCGCUCUUCAUCCACUACCAAAGGGCGUAGAAGCAUCUCCUGUGCUGACUGCAUUGCUGUUGUCGAAGGAUAAGCAGAACGCCUUCGGGAUUAUGGAGCCCUUGAAGGACAGUGGUGAACGAUUAGUGAGGGCAUAUGCCAUCUAUCCCCAAGCUUCCCUUUUCAACCAUGACUGCCUUCCUAAUGCUUGCAGGUUCGAUUAUUUUGACAACCCUGGUGAUGGUAAUACCAGUAUCAUCAUCAGAGCAUUACAUGACAUUCCAGCAGGCAGAGAGGUAUGUCUGAGUUACUUUCCCAUCAAUUGGAACUACAAAGACAGACAAACAAGGCUUUCUGAGGAUUAUGGAUUUACAUGCAACUGUGACCGUUGUCAAAUUGAGAUGAACUGGAAGGAUGAAGAUGAAGAAGACAUGGAUGAGGAUGAACAAAUGGAUGGUCCGGAUGGAGGGUGGGAUGGCAGCGGAGAUGAGCAGGAUUUCCCCCAUGAAUACUUUUUUAUGAAAUUUCUGUGUGACCGAGAGAAUUGUGGUGGAACUUUGGCCCCCUUGCCCCCUGAAAAUGGUAUGCCUUCACAUGUUUUAGAGUGUAAUGUCUGUGGCCAAUUUAAACCUGAAGAGGAUGAGGAUUCUGGGGUCAACGAAGAUGAUAUGCUGGAUGAGUGAGGGGAAUAUGAUUGCUAGUUUUCUUCAGCUCAUGGCAAGUUUCUUCAUCAUUUUCCUCAUCCAUCUUCUAGGGGAAAAACAUAUCUUGUACUUUUGUCUUUAUGGUGGAGAAGGAUUAUGUGUAACUGUACUGAGCUGGGUCAAAGAUGGUUUUUGACAACUGCGAGUUAAGUUUUGGAUAGGACGGGGACAUGACAAAUAAAGAGGAGGUUCUAGCA